GAGCUGAGAACUCGCCCACUCGUAUCAAAUGACGUAUUCUAGUUUAUGGAUGGCCGAAGACAGUCGUCAAGUUUCGAGCGGAUAUAAAUGUUUAUCGAAAAAAUCAGCCUCUGACGAGCGAGUAAACGGCUCUACGAAAAUGGCUCUUUUUUUCAUUUUGCUUUCGUCAGUUACCGUUUUUUGCCAACUUCUCCAUCCGUCGAUGGCACAUAAGAGGGUAGUCGAUGGCUCCGUUAUUGAUAUCGAGCAUGUACCUUUCAUGCUGUCGUUCAGACUCAAUGGCGAGCACAUUUGCGGAGCUGCGAUAAUCAGUGAUUCUUGGGGACUGACGGCCGCCCAUUGUAUACCGAUAGCCCACUGCAAUAGCCAAAAUUAUAGCGUUCGCAGUGGCUCGGAGUAUCUGGACAAAGGUGGUAGAGUUGAAGAUAUAACGGUAAUAGCCGUACACGAAAGCUAUGACCCUCUCUCCCAAGCCUACGAUAUAGCAGCCUUCAGAGUUGAACGUCCCUUCAAACGCAGCAGCACUACGAAACCUAUCGCUCUGCCCGGGAAGACUGACGUACCCGACGAUUGGGGUGUGAUUGCCGGAUGGGGAUAUUAUUCGAAACGCGCAGUACUCUCGGAAAAACUGGAAUUUGCAGUCGUACCAAAAGUCGAUCGGAUGCAAUGUGCGGAUGAUUAUGAAGGGCGUUAUUCAGUGACGCCAACGGACGUGUGCUAUGGUUAUAGAAAGGGUGGCGAAGAUGCUUGCAAGGGUGAUUCGGGAGGUCCAUUAUUCUCAAGCUCGAAUAUCCUGCUCGGAAUAACUUCGUGGGGUGACGGAUGUGGUCAGCCAAGGUCCCCAGGAGUUUACACAACGAUUUUCCUAGUGCUCGAUUGGAUAACUGAAAAAACUGGCGUUACGAGUACGCAUUGAGAACUACGAAAGUGUUUGGAAAUUAUCGAUCGAUCGAUUACUUGGAGUCCGCAGUCUCACUCGUAAAUAUCGAUUGGCAGAAGUCCACCGACAGUAAAAUCGCUUUACAAAGUCACGUAUGUUUACGUAUGUAGUCGUGUGAAUUGGUGAAAGAAGUGAGCGAGUUCAUAAUUCAAUUCGCACGUUGCCAGUUUUCGUGCUCAGCCGCACGUCACGGCAAAAUCACUUUUUGUAUCGAGCCACAGAUACAUUCGCACAUAGAUAUUCGUGAAAACAGGUGUCUUUGAAAUCUCCGUUCAGAGCUUCGGAUUCUUGUCAAUGCUUUUGCUAUCAUAAAUUAUGCACACGUGUGUGAUGGAAAAAAGCUCCAAAUUCGCAAAUUGAUCCUUAAGCUUUCAUGAGUAUGCAGCGGGGGUGCAAAAAUUAAAUAUAAAAAAUAUUUCAAUUC